CCCGCCAGGCGGCUCUCUCGCGAGAAUUGGCGCGCGCAGCCCGGAAGCGGCGGCGGUGGAACCCGGAAGCGGCGCCGGGGCAGGAUGGACGACACGCUCUUCCAGCUGAAGUUCACAGCGAAGCAGCUGGAGAAGCUCGCCAAAAAAGCUGAGAAGGACUCCAAGGCUGAGCAAGCCAAAGUCAAAAAGGCCCUUCAGCAGAAGAACGUGGAGUGUGCUCGUGUCUAUGCGGAGAAUGCCAUCCGCAAGAAGAAUGAGGGGCUUAACUGGCUCCGCAUGUCUUCCCGGGUGGAUGCAGUGGCCUCCAAGGUCCAGACGGCCGUGACGAUGAAGGGGGUGACAAAAAACAUGGCCCAGGUGACCAAGGCCUUGGAUAAGGCUUUGAGCUCGAUGGACCUGCAGAAGGUGUCUGCAGUGAUGGACAAAUUCGAGCAGCAGGUUCAGAAUUUGGAUGUUCAUACAUCGGUCAUGGAGGACUCCAUGAGCUCUGCUACCACGCUGACCACGCCGCAGGAGCAGGUGGACAGCCUCAUUGUCCAGAUCGCGGAGGAGAACGGCCUGGAGAUCAUGGACCAGCUCAACCAGCUCCCCGAGGGGGCUUCGGCAGUCGGGGAGAGCUCGGUCCGCAGCCAGGAAGACCAGCUGUCGCGGAGGUUGGCUGCCUUGCGGAAUUAAGGUCUCCUGUCACCCCUGUGGACUGCUGCCUCGCACUGGUGGUACGGCGUGUGGGGUGGAGGGGCCCAGGAAUCCUUCCCCAAAGCCUCUGCUACAUCUUUGCUCUGACAUACUGGCCAGGCAGAGUCGGCCACCCCCUCCUCCAGGAGCACAUCCCCAGCCCUGCCUGCCUGCGUUUAGACUCUUCUUUUUGGGUGUGACGAUGACUAUUUUUCCCAGAGCAGGCAGCGAUCCUGGCAGGGGGGUUCUGAGUUCUGAGCAGACACAGCCUCUCUCUGGGCUUGAGGAACGCUUUGCUGGUUCUGAUUUCAGGGUGUCUUUCAUUUGAGGGUUGCUGCUGGUUUCUGACAGUGUCCCACGAUGCAGUGUCCCACUCCUGGUUGAACACUGAAGGAAUCCUGGAGGCGGGUUGCGCUGUCUUCUGGGGCGCAGCUCGCCUGACUCCGUUGCACGCCCGUUAUCUGUUUUAGACCGGGUCUCUGAGCUGUGGGCUGCGUUCUCCGCGGGGCCCACAGCACGGAGCUCUUUACAAGAAGCAGGGAGAUCCCUGUGGGGCUGCCUUCCUCUUGCGGUGCUUUGGGAAGGGUUGUCUUCCUGGCUGUGGUGGUUCUGGGAAGGUUAGUGCCUUGCAGGGAGGGGAGGUUGCGCUGUGGUAUCUCUUCCCUCGCAGUGAUCUUCCCGAGCCGCAGCUGGGCGCCCUGCUUGCGGACUUCACCUCGCCAAUCGCUAGCUUCUUGUCCUGCCAGGCCAAACCUCCCUGGAGCUUUGUACCACAAAGUGACCUUUGAAACGCUUGUCCUGCCCUGCGCGAGCCUGUGUGCUGUGUGUGUAAAUCCAUGCGUUCCUCAUCGCCAGCCGCUGCAGUCUGGAAACGGUUAUCCAGGCCCCGACCUCCCGUGUGGGCCAGUCCCUGCCCCGUGUCCAGCAGCUGGGAGCUCCCAGGCUCACAGCUGUGGUGGCCACAGCCUUGUUCCCAAAUGUCCCUCGGGUGGCUGGGUGUGAUGGUAGAUGCUAAACCAUCCUGAGAGUGUGAAACCAUCCCGAGAGUGUGUCUGCCUGUGCUGGCUGUGGCUCGUUGCCUCUGUCUCCUCCAUGUCCCCACCUUGCUGCAUCUGGGGUGAGAGGGGGCUGCUUCCCCUGUCCCCUCUCUCACUGCUUGUGGGGAAUCCUGGCUGCUUGUCCCUUGGAGCCGAAGUUUUCUGUCCCCUUGUUGCUCUGUGACUUCUAGUCACCGCCAUGGUGCCAGACUGAUGGGAAGCUCGCUGGGAAGGAAAUGUUUCCUUUGGCUCUGCCGAGGAGGCCCUUUGACCUCCUUGCCACGGACUGUAAAUGAGGGCCGGGUGGCUGCCGGGGCCAUGCCAAGCCGUGCCAGCCAGGGUGGGCAGCUGGUCCCGCUGCAGCAGGGCAGCUCUGGUUCAUUGCUUUUAAGGGGAAUUUUAAGGCAUGCACAGCUGCUGCUUUGGGCUGUGCUGAGAGGAGGGAAGGGAAGCGUGGGGGAGAGGGGGAGGCAGCUCCCUCCGGCUCCUGGUGCCACCGACUCGCUGCAGGCCAGGGGCCAUCUCCCCAGCACUUGCAACACAAACACUUUUCACUGUUGAUUAUUUCUUCUGAGUUCAGUGGCCUUGGCAGUGUCUCACGACUGACAGAGCCUUCUUUCCCGACAUGUGCUGGCAGGGGUGCAGGGUGCUUGUCCGUGGAGGUGGCUUUGGCUUACAAAGUCACUUGAGCAUGGUGAAGUGUUGGGCCUUGUGCCACCUCCCGCUGGGCUGGGCAGAAAGCAGGAGCCCUCCUGGAGACUUGUGCCCACACGGUGGAGUGGGGCUGCUGCUGGCUCCUGCUCCCCUGCACAGGUGGCACCCGUGACCUGUGGGGCUGGGGGCUGGGACGUGCCCUGCAGCCCGGGGAGCCCCGGCCCUGGACCCACUCCCCAUUUCAGUGUGAUGUUUCUCUGUGGUUUGGUUUUUUUUAAGCUUGUCUCAUUUGCCGCGCCCCUGUUGAUUACCUUUUGCUCUUUUCAAUAAAUGAUCCCUGAAUAUC